AUGCCUCCCCCAAAUGCAGCUGCUCCCGCUGUCGCUCCUUCCGUGGACUCAGACGCGUCUCGCGAGAGUUCUCCCCAAUUGGAGGCAGUGCUCGCUCGGUCGAAGCGUAAGAUCAACACACUCGAAGCUGAUCUUGCCAAGGCACUCAACCAGCAGAAGAGCAGACCAAUUACAAUGCGAACCAUUGGGCGCGGAGUUUGUCGGAUUGCUUCUCUGUUUGUCGACAUCCCCACGUUAGUCGCCGAGGCCGACAAACGCGUGGAAGAGAAGCUCGCCAGUUUGCUGGAGACUGUUGCAGUUGCUGUGGAUCAGGAUGAGGGGAUGAGCGACGAGGAGAAAGCAGAACGCCAACGCACCCGUGAUCGCAACUAUGCCUCCUUUCGGGCUCUCACCCAUCUCGUUCCAAACUUCCAAAAGACCAUCGACCAAGCUUCGUCCGAUCAAGCGGCCACUUACUAUAGCAGUCUUAACAGUGGAUCAACCGAUGCUCGUGGUGACGACAUCUUUGCUCUUGUCUCUGGUAUGGCAAACUUCCUCAACAAAGCCGGUGCCGAUCCAGUGCUUGACACCACCGAUAGAUCGGAGCGCGGAUUCGCACAUGCACUGUGCGGAGAACUCCUCUGUCCUAUCGAGUGGGACUGGUCCGACGAAUGUGUCCGAGCGAAAAUUCAGAAUGCAGACGAAGAGUAUGAUACGUCUAAUCGUUUCUUCCUCCGUUGUCUGUAUUCAGGUUUCAAGGGUGAUCCGAAUGAUGUUGAGAAAGGGUUUCUCCGGAGCCCGUUGACUGUCAAGACUAUGAAGCACAUCUACACCACACCAACCUCCGCCGAGGCUGUCGAUAUCUCGACGGCCACUAUAUUGGCACCCUCUGACACGGCUGUGCCCCCGCCUGCGAAGAAACGCAAGCCCAAGGGCAAGCCACCAUCGAAAGGAACCGUCGCAGCGAAGAUAGGUAUGACCCGUGUCACGCCCCGAGCAGUUGCAUACACAUGUGUGAUGCAAGUAUUUGCUCUUAUGGACGCUGAUAAGUGGGAUGAGAGUCAUAAUGGCUUCAACUUCCCCGGGUUCUAUGAUUUCAUCAUCGACUUCUUCGAGGACGUUCACACUGAAGAGGAGAAAAAGAAGGCGAAGGAGCUCCUGAAGUGGUGGGACAAGCAAAUCUUCCCUAACUCCUCCCCGGCGAAUAACUCAACCACCGGUAAUCCCUCGCGUGCAAGGUUGGCCGCUCAACGUCAUGCUCGCGCUGCUCCACCUGCCGCCGCCGCUCCCCCUGCCGCCGCCGCUCCCCCCGCUGCCGCCGCUUCUGCCGCCUAGUUCUUAUCAUACCUUCCCCCUCUCCAACCUUUUCCUCUCGUCUUUCGUUAUCUAUACCCAGAUCCAUAUAUGUAUACAUAUAGACCUUGAUCAUGGUCUAAUAAAAUUGGUUUUUC